AGUCGGGCACACGUAUGUAUAGGAACACAGACACAUAGCUUUUCGAAUUAAGUUUUUUUUAAACAACACAACUUUUAAAAAAAAAUUGUUUGUUUUAGUAAAUAUUUUCGGACGCGCUAAAUUAUUGUCAAUGCUUAGAACCAUGCAGAGAAGUACCCGCACCACGGUGCGCCGGCUGGCGACCUAUGGGGCGCGGUAUGGGUACCUGGGAACACUACUACGCCGUAACGAGAGCUACUAUGACGUUCUUAAUGUGCCGGUCGACUCCAGCGGACAGGAAAUCAAGCGUGCCUUCAUCAAGCUGUCGAAGAAAUACCAUCCAGACUCAAACAGCUCCGCCUGCGACUCCGAGGCUUUUGUGAAAAUAUGCGAGGCCUACAAGACGCUCUACAACACCGCCACUCGCAACGAGUACGACAACCGAUUGAAGUUGCAGCUGGACGUUUGCAAGCCCAUGGAGAACUGCUACACAAAUCACAAUGUGCACAAAACAUGGGAGAAAUACAAGGCCGCCAUGCGGUACAAGCAGCGGGGCCGUGACGUUAAGAGUACCAUCGAGUCGACCAUGGCGCACCGGAAGCCGCUAGUCUCGAAAACCAAUCAGCUGCAACAGAAGUUCUCCAGCCCAAGAGAAAACGAAGUGGUAUUGGAAAUGCCCAUUGCUAUGCACAGGAUUGCUGUUGAAGAGAUGAAGUGCAAGGCGAACACAGAGUGCCCGCCGGAGCCCGAGAUCGCGUGCGAGCUCGAGCUCGAGCCCGAUCCUGAUCCCGCUUGGCAUCGAAGCUGGCCAUACAUGUCCUACGUUACGGGCUUCGGCAUUGUCUUGAGUCUGGGUGCCUAUGCUUUGCGAGAGCGCCUCAAAAGUAGGCGGAUCAGGUAGAACCAUAGCUUCUGCUUCUUGAUGUGUACUCGGAGUUUCGUUCUGUGUGAUUCUGUGUGUGGAUGACAUCCGGAAACUGAGCCCAGAUCGUUAAACAUCCGUACCGGAUGUCGGUGUUUAGCGUCUGUGCCCAAGCGGCCAUCCGCACAAGCUGCAUUUUUGUCUUAGUCUAAUUAGCUUUGUUUGGAAAAUCGAUAAGUUUCUUGUCUGAAAUCUGGUCCACAUGUCAAUUCAAUUAAUCGCAACUCGUGCCUUUUGUACACAAUACCCGUCAAUCGUUCGGCAGCACGCAUUGAGAAAAAGGAACCAAAUAAACGAAAAUUUAAGCGUGAA